AGCAAAUGAGGCAGCAGCAGUGGCAGCUAUCAAAGCUAGAAUUUUCCUUGUAGUUUUCGUUUAAAGCGAGCAGAAAAUGUUUUGGGGACUCAGCUCGGCGCUGGACUUGUACCAGGAGUACAUCAAGGCCUUUAAGCUGCCAGAUGAGCCAGGCGCAGCUGAGGCUGAGGGCCAGCCCGCUGAGCUUAAUAUGCUCAUCUGCGGCGGCGCCGAUCCGCGACAUGUGAUCCGGACGCUGGCCAAGCGUUAUACGCACGCCGUUAAGCCCAAGCUGAAUAUCUAUCUGCUGGACGCCUGUGUGGAGAUCAUGGCCAGGAAUAUGCUGCUGCUGGGCUUGGCACUGGAGCCGCCCGAUUCGUUUAGUCUUGUGUGCAAGGCACAUCUCUUCAUGGACAUCUAUGGCAACUCGCUGAUGCGUCCCAGCUCGCAUCAUUAUGUGGCCGCCAAGGCGCGCACUCUGCUCAACAUGAUCUGCGAUGGGGAGCAGCUGCAGCGCCUGGCGCCCAUGCUCAAUAUCGAAGCGCUCAAGUACAAGGAGCGCGACGGCCUGGAAAUGGCCUUCAGCUACUGGCAGCCUCAGGAGCAGGUGUACGAUAUACAACGCUACUGGGAGCAGCGAGUGCGCGCUCUGCUCGGUACUCGAUACGAUCACAGGCAGGGCGCCUUUGACUGGGAUCUGAGCAUGACGCUGAAGGAUCGUGAGGCGCAGCAGAUUUGCUCCCAGGAGUAUCGCUACUGGCGUGAAUCCGGCGUCGCGUUUGUCUUUCCCGAAUACGAGCACUGCAAACCGAACAAGACCUUUGCCGCCGGCCUCGUCCGCAAUGGACGCGCCUAUCUGCAUCGCGGCUACGUGGGCGACAUACAAACGGGACCCUUUUGUGGCUUUGGACUGCGCAGCUCCGAGGAGCGUCUGCAUCACUCGGUGCACGGCGAGAAUGACUUUCGUGCCACAGACGUGACCGAGCGCAAUCUGCUCGAGCUCUUCCAUGAGCUGCAAACGCAAACUGUCUACGAGCAUGACAAGACCAUCUCCCGGCGCUAUGGCGCCACGCAGCUGCUGAUGACCCCGCUGCUCACCUACAACGAAUGCGACACAAACGAGACGCAGCUGAGCUAUGACAAGCCCUGGAUUACAGUGCCCGAUGUCCAGGUGCACUUCAUCUCGCCCAUGGAAAUGAUGGAGCUGCAAAAGGGUGCUCCACGCUGGCACGACUUUUUCGACGUGGCCUUUGUGGCCUACAACUAUUACAGCUUCUUGAGCAAAGAGUUCUUUGGCGCACUGCGGGCACAAUCGCUGUUUGUGCUGGAGACGAAGCUGCUGACAGUGGAACGGCGGGAGCACAUACAAAAGUACGAGGCCACUGCCAAGGAAUUUCUUAAGGAGGCGGGCUUGCGACCCUGCAUCAACUAUCAGGCAAUCAAUGCCAAGAAUAUGCAGCUGAAAUAUAAGAAGACGCCACACGAAGCCGGAGAUGGUGUGGAUGAAUUUUCAGAGGAGCCGUUGGAAAUGAUGUCAAAUGAGCUGCCUGAGAUGGGAGAUUAUGCGAAUAAAAAACCAGAAAUACAAAUAGAAGAGAUUCAAGAUGAGCAGCAAAUCGAAUCAAGCUCAAAUAAACGGCCUGCAGAACUGAAAGAGACUCAAGACGAGCAGCAAUUGGAGGUUUUUAAAGAAACUCCAAUGGGUAAAAAUACGGAACAGGUAGAUCAGGAGAAGGAAGAACAGGGCCAGCAAUAUCACGAGACUGAGCAAAGGGAAGAGCAUGAACUGAAUAAAGAGAUUUCAAAUGAAAAAUAUGAAGAUCCUUCAAACGAUUUCGAGCACGAACAGGAAGUGCUAUCCGAUGAGAGUGAAUACCAUGAUGCUCAAUCAGGAUAACCCCUCGAUGGUUAAUUUUUGGCAUGUCUCGGCUUUAACAAUAUCCUAAGUUUAUUAA